CGAGUACCAGUGGCUGAGGCGUGUGUUCGAACUUCAUUGCCCUUAUAUACCAGCCCCGGUUUGAGGUCAAGCGUUAAUUUUUCAGCAGGCUUCUAGUGGGCGAUCUAUUUUGCGGUUUGAUCUGGAGAAAGCAACAGCGCCAAUGCGUCUGACUAUGGAAAGAGAGCCCGCUCCAAAGCGCAGCAAAGACUCGCUCGACAUGAGCAUGGUCGGUGCGCUAGCCGAACAUCCCGGCGAGCUCGUGAAGACCGACAAUCCUAACAUCGUUUGCACCAUUUUGCCAUCUCACUGGCGCGUGAACAAGACACUGCCAGUGCCAUUCAAGGUGCUGGCCGUCGGUGACAUGGUCGUUCCGGAUGGUGUCAAGGUCACGUUACUGGCCAGCAACGAGGAGAACGCCAGCGCGGAGCUGCGCAAUUCGACGGCCAUAUUUCGCAGCAAUGUGGCACGUUUUAACGAUCUGAGGUUCGUCGGCCGCUCUGGACGAGGCAAGUUUCUCGAUGUCGUCAUCAGCGUGCAGACCGACCCGAGUCAGAAGGCUGUGUACAAGAAAGCCAUCAAAGUGACCGUCGACGGUCCUCGAGAGCCGAGAAGGCAUAAGGUGAGGGAGAAACUGAUGCCGACUAUGCCCGGGCAUCACAUGUCGCCCUAUGUGAGGCAGCCGCUUAUGAUGACCAACAGCGACUUCAUGCAGGCGUCAUCGCUGACGUCAGUGCAGUCCUCUCUAUCGUCGUCAUCCAGCUCGUUGGGAUCAGCGGGGGAUACGCCCCAGAUGCAGCGAGGAGUGUUUGCACACAGAGAGGGUUCAGCAUUCAGUGCCAUACCAAGUGAACAUGCAAUGAAGCGAAAUCAUGGAUUCCCAGUGAGUUCAGUGGGUGUGGUGAGUCAGGCCGGGCAUUCUGAUAUGUCGAUGGCUGGAAGUCAGCCGUUGUUCACGACAUCAUCGCAGGAGAUGCCAUCUCUACAGCCAGUCGUGACGACUGCUGAUGCACUCGCUGCUGUGAGUAGCCCGUUUGGUGGCAGACAGUUUCCCGGUGCACUAGAACGAGGCUUCGUUUUUCCUCCUCCGUUUGCGAUUCGAUCGCCGACUACGACAAACUUUGGAUAUGCACCGUUUGGGGGUGGAGGGCCACCUGGCCUCGUCCCUCUGUCUCCUCUUCCCGUCGGUAUUAGUGGACUUAGUCUGUCGUUGCCAUCUCCACAGACGUUAGACAUCACGUCUUGUCAAGCUCCCCAUUAUUCGAUGAUGGGAGAACGACCGGCACAAGCUUUCGACGUUCCGGCCAGUGCACUAGCUGGCCUCGUCACAUCGGCAGAUAUAUUCAGUCUUCCGGUCACACCGAGAACCCCCAUCACGCCGACAGUUCGAUAUGCUCAAAUGCAUGCAGCACAAGCUGCAGGUCAGCUUAUGGCACCUCCGACCAUCGGCCCUGGAGUGUCAUUAGCCAGUGAACUAGCAAUGGGGCAUGGAUCGUUCCAGUUCGAUCACAUCAAUCAUUAUCAUCCAGCUGCGAUGGCUGCCAUGUCGAUCAAUGGAGAGACGAUGAUGAGUUCUGGAGCACCAGACACCUACGUGCCUGCAAUCACUCUGUCACCUCCUCCCAAGUCUAAACCUCUGAGCAGGAGUUCUUCGUUAAUAAAGACUGAAAGCGAUGCACAGGCCACGAGGCAGAGCAAUAGUGGCAACACGGACGAGGACUCGGGCAAGGAUCUGUGGAGGCCCUACUGAUCCAACAAACAAGCAUCCCUCCCUGUCGAUAAGACACGUUUAGAUUGUACAAAUUGACAGAAAUAGCGCUGGAGGACACUUGGGUUGAGAGGAUUUAUUUAGUCGUGUUCUAGUUGAUUUGGUGAUUUGGUUAUUGCCAGCUUACAUUUUAUUCCUCUGGUCUGGUUUGAAAGUCAACGCUAUUUUGAUUGAGAGUAAUAAGGACUGGAUUGUAGCAGUUUUAUCUUACUACUUAAGUUUACCUUGAAUUUUGCAAUUUUUUUGUAGUGAAAUCCCGAGAUAAUCAGUUGACGCACCUGCCUGACUGCAGAUUUUCUACAGGCUGUUUAUGUAUUAUUGAGAAGUAGAGAAGUAGAACAGCGGUUGUAAUCAACGUCUCAA